AUGACUGUCGAAUUGCUUGACGACUGUAGCCGCCGGGCCACUGCCGGGCUCUCCAAAGGUGCCAUUGGAGCAGAUCUAUGUUUGGCAAAGCAUGCCUUUUCAGCAGCAGCAGAAGGCGCCGGCGCUCCCGAGAUCGAAUCGUCUUCAUAUACGUCCUCGUCAACAUCACAAACAUCACACCAAACCAUAACCGCAGUGCAGACCCUUCCGACGGGCAUUCAAACUAAUGCUGUUGGCAUCAAUGGAACUAUUACUGCGAUUCCAAAUCUCUGGUCUGAGCACUGCUCCGAUGAUGGGGCACCAUGCACGGCUUACUGCCACUCUGGCGACACAGAUUGUCAAAAGGCCGCGAACGCCAUAGCAAAGACCUCGACAGAUGUUCCUUCCGGAAAUGCGUCAGGAUCGACGACAGUCGUGUCUGCUGUGUUGAAUGGCACAACGCUCUACUCACCCACGGUCUAUAUCUCCAUUGCCACGGCAUACGCAACCAACGAGUGCUCUAAUCUUGGACAGCGACACCACGCCACUUUUCUCGCCAUGAAUCCAAGCGAUGUAUCGACGCAGAUCCAGCUCGGCGGGAAAGCUUGGGCAAAUUCUUUUGGCGCUGUUCGCUACGAAGAUUUGACGGGCUUGCCCCCAGCGUCGAACUAUCAACUGCAGCCCUCUUGCAUUAUGUUUGGUUGUCCGACCAUGGACAAUCACUUCAGCCCGACUCUAAGCGUGCCUGCGCAGCUUCGAUCCAUGGACGCCGCAUGGAAGGACUGCGGUGCGCCUCUGCAGGGUCUCACUGAGCUUGCGUUUAUAUUCGAUCCAUACACCGGUCAGGAUCCCGUCUCAACUCGUGUGUUGUCCUCACCAGCUCCACAGAUCUCGGAAGAUGCGGAAGGAGCCCUCGCGCCCAAUUCGCCAGUGCCUCAAACGACAACGCCAUCUCCUGUCGCGCAGACGAUAGUCAACAGCGCAGCAUCUUCCAGACGGCUGCCAAGUGUUGCCAUUGACGGACCCGGCACGACGAUUCCCCAAUCGACAUCUCCUUCAGCGGGCCACUGUACCACUGCUCUACAGCCUCCACGGACACUCAGUGCAGUGACUUCUGAGACCAGCGGCACACUUUCGACGCCGAUAUCUUAUGAAGGCCAAGGAUCAACGGUCGACAGGCACUGGCCCAGCAUGCUGCUUGUCGUGUUGCUUGUCAUGAUGCUUACUUGCUGA